AUGACUUCCUCCCUCGAGCACAUUGACACAUGCGUCCCGGUAACUGCGCUGAAGGCGCUGGUCUUCAAGGAUGUUAAAAUUCUUCUCCAGAGCCAAGGGACCUAUGUCCGGCUCAUUCAUGAAGAAAGCGGGCGUCUGCUCGCCGAGCUGAAAGUGUUCAAACGAAACCACGUGCAUGGGAUCGUUGCGCUGGGUCACUCAGAACAAGAACAACAUGCGGACUUUCUUGCGUGGGGCGGGCAGUCCGUACGAGCGUUCAGUCUACACAUCGACAGUCAGGAGCUGAGCGCAAGUGUACAGGCUGCGAGCCCAGAGUACCUCGCGCCGGAUUGGAUCCUGGCCGGAUGCGCGCCCGAUACGGAUGGCGAAAUCGAAAAUGCUUAUAUGCUGACUGCCCACAAUGCGCUCUUGGGUGUGCAGCUUGUCAGGCAGGCCGGGGCUGACUAUGAGAAACGGGUUGAAAUCCGCCAACUUGUGGCUGGUGUCAAGUCCAUCCUUUAUUCGGCGAAUGUGCUUUCGCUGUCCGAAUCCCACAUCCUUGUUGCGGCUGGCACUGUUUUUGGCGAGAUUAUAGUUUGGUCGUGCUUCUUGGCUGAGGACGAUACGACAAGUGCAACCGGGUCGAUUCACCACUUUUUCACAGGCCAUGAAGGAUCGAUCUUUGGAGUCCAGAUUUCUCCUCUGAUUCCUUCCUUGCACGGGGGUCGUGAUGGACGACUGCUGGCUAGUUGUAGUGACGACAGGACUGUCAGGAUCUGGGACAUCUCCGAUUGCGAGCGUACUUCCCGUCACGACACUCCCGCCUAUUCGACCGAUGGGUUCGAACUUCGCGGCACAGGAUUCGGUGCAGGAGCUGGUGACAAUGGGCUCGGGUCCGAGUCCAUUCUUGCGAGUGCGUUUGGUCACUUGGCCCGUAUCUGGGGUGUUCAUUUCCUGCCUGUCAAGCAAGGCCCUGGGAAAGUCAAUCUGCUGUCGCGUGGCGAAGAUGCUACAUGCUUGCUCUGGGACCUGAUCUGGGACCCGUCUUCGACAGAAAAGCCUCAAUUUAAACUGGUGGAGACCAUGUCUAUUCGCAAACACACAGGCAAGCACAUCUGGGCACUUGAGAUGCGUCAUACCGACACAGAAACGGUUGUCUAUACCGGUGGUGCUGAUGGCGCCGUGAAGAGCUUUACCAUCGAACUACAUGGCGAUAGAGAUGUCAUUUUGCCCAAUCUCCGUAACCGCAUCGCAACAUCGCUAGAUGCCUCCAGUCCUGAACCUCGCAUCGAGACUUCAAUCAAAGGGUUCGGAUUCGUCUCGCAGGACUCAUUUGUCGCCACGACCGUGCGUGGUGAGAUCCAAAUCGGACGGAUUGGGACGGGGAACUCGACUACACAGCACAUCCUCAAAGAGACUUUAACGGUUGAGGAAGACCUGCGCUCGUAUUCAGUCACCACGGGCUUGCCACAGAAAGGCAUAGCUCUUCUGGGUAACGCCCGAGGCUUAAUACGACUAUACGAUCACAGUACCGGAGCACUCACCAAAGUUGUCGAUGCUGGCCAAAGACCGGUGGGAUUGUACGCUCUCGAUUACCAGUCCAGCACGACCGAGAAAUCUGCAACUUUGUCGUUCGUCGCGGUUUAUCCGAAAGCCGAGAAGGCCGAUCUGUUCUUGGCUACGAUGGCAGACGGCGCAGAUCCAUGCGUGGACAGGGUCAAGCUUGACCUGCCCCACGGUUUCGGUGUGUCGACUGCAGCCUUGAUCCAUGAUGACCAGUAUAUCGCGCUGGGAUCCUUGACGGGCUCCUUUGCUGUGUAUCCCGUGCGAGUGUCAGAAGUCCUUCAGCCAGUUAUGCCUUCGUGCAAGGUACACGGACGCGAAGGACUCAGCUUCAUCACUUCAUUUGCAUCGCUUUACGGGGAUAGAGGAUCCGAUCUGCCAUAUUUCAUGACCUGUGGUCGGAAUGGAACGUAUAGCAUUCAUGAGCUGGUCUUUUCAACAGGCCCGGACCCCUCGGUCUCCUUGAGAACGCUCCACUGUUCCUCCCUUGCGUUCAAUUGUGAGAUAGCAGGCGCUUAUAUCGACAACGUCUCCAAAGACUUGAUGUUCUAUGGGUUCCAGCCGAUGGACUUUGUGCUUUGGAACGAGUCCGCUCAGACGGAGGUGGCCAGACACAACUGUAACGGAGGCCGGCGAUCCUGGGCGUUCCAGCCCAGCCAAGAUGUUGCUUGGGCGGGAUCUUUCAUCUGGAUUCAAUCCGGGUUGACUGCGCUGUCGAUACAGCCUGACGCCAGUCGCACGUUGCGUUCCGGAAGCCAUGGCCGGGAAGUAAAGGACAUGUGUGCCACGCAGAACUCGGAUGGUCUAGGCCCCUUGUUUGCGACUGGCUCAGAAGACACCAAUGUGCGGAUUUUCGCACCUCAAGACCCGCGAUCAGAGCCCCGCUGGGGUGCGUUCAAAUGCCUUCGGCUGUUGCGGAUGCAUCAUACUGGAAUCCAGAGCGUGAACUGGUCGAAGGAUGGCAGAUUCCUCUUUACCAGCGGAGGCUAUGAGCAAUUCUUCGUCUGGCGGGCGUGCUCGAUUCCCCGAUUUGGUCUGGGAACCAUGCUGGCGGGAGAGUGUCCCAAGAGUGACCCCAAUUCCGAUCUGCGGGUGACGAGCUUCGAUACGUUGGAAGUGGACGAGGGAGAGGCGGAGAAUGGAUUCCUUCUUUGUCUGACAUACUCCAACUCCACCAUUAAGAUCUUCCAUUACUCGUCCACCGACAAGGGCUGCUUCACUCUUCUCGCCAGUGGCACCUAUAUGAGCAACUGUCUCACCCAGGCUCGAUUCCUUCUGAAAGGCUCUACCUUGAAUCUCAUCACGGCCGCGACGGAUGGAUACUUCACCCUGUGGAACUUGACCUCCGUUCUCGAGCGAUUCUACACCAUCUCGUCGCCGCUCCUCCCCAAGCAACCCAUCCGCGGAGCAUCGAUUGCGCCGGAGACGAUCUCCUGCGAGCACCGGUACCAGAUCCACUGGAACAGCAUCAAGGCCAUGGAUGUGGCCGACCUGUCGGCCACGUUGGCGCUGAUCGUCGCCGGUGGCGACGACAACGCCGUGACCGCGACUCUGCUGGACACCUCCAGCGCCAGCGACGCGACAGCCACCGUGACCAUUCCCGACGCGCAUGCAGCCUGCGCCACGACGGUCCGCGUCCUCAAGCAUGCUCACGUCGACGGUGAUGGGGUGAGCAGGUUCGUCGUUGCGUCCUCGGGCAACGAUCACCAAGUCAAGAUCUGGUGGAUCGACGUCGACCCCCGCCGGCACGGACGGGAGCGGCUCCAGAUCCACCGAGCGGUGGAGCGGUACAGCUGCGUGGCGGACAUCUCGUCGUUGGAUAUCAUCCACGACGAGGUAUCGGGCGCAGCCAAGCUGGUUGUGUGCGGCGCGGGCAUGGAGAUGUUGGAUCUGCGGUUGUAG